GAGCCUCAGACACGACCCCCAAGGACGACCGACGAAGCUCCCCGACCUCUGCCGGAGGACGACUUCGCCCCAGCCCUCCGACCUGACCCCGGCCUCGCUCUACUUCGCGAGCUUGAGGGCGAGCUCCGAGCCGCCGCCUCCUCCUCCUUCCAAGCGCCUGCCCCAGCCGCCGCGUGUCGAGGGGGACAUCACCAGUUCGAGAGACGGCGUCGAGGAGGAGGUCGAAGGGGAGGAGGGCGACCUAGACGACGAGGAGAUGCGCGAGUGUGACCCCGGCGUCGAGGAUGAGGUGGAGGACGACGACGAGGAGGACGUGGUCGUCGACGAUGGCGGGAGCUCGCACUCGACCGAGGGGGACGUCGGAGUGUCGACCUCCUCGCCCUCGGAGCCGCACCAGAGUGACACUGAAGACUCAAGAACAACGGAAGAACGGAAGAAGCGGCCGAGAACAGCCUUCACCGCCUCGCAGAUCAAAGCUCUAGAACAAGAAUUUGAGAAGAACAAGUACCUGUCAGUGAGCAAGAGGCUCCAGCUCUCCAAGCAGCUCAAGCUCACGGAGACGCAGAUCAAAAUCUGGUUCCAGAACCGCCGGACGAAGUGGAAACGCAAGUACACGAACGACCUGGAACUGAUGGCUCAACAGUACUAUUCCGCCCUUGGCAUUCUCAGCCCCCGGCCCAUGGUAGUUGGGGACAGAUUAUGGUUGUUCAGCUACCCGAUGGGCCACCCGAACCAGCACACUGUCGGUCACCAUGGCAACGGCCUGCCUCCUUUACCCUCGCCGCUCCCCUCGCCCGGCCUCCCUCACCUGUCACCACACUGCCUCCCUUCACUCCCACUCCCUUCCUCAUUGGUCGCUCCGUCUGGGGAACGACCAAUCGUACAACCGAGUCCCAUUAACCCUCUCAUAGACCGGCAUAUGAUUGGUGGAUCCCACAGUUUGCCGCCGAGUUCCCUGUCUCCUAUUGGUUCAGGGUCACUGCCCACUCUGACGUCACCAAUGUUUACACACGGCUCGACCAAUCACCUCUCGGCGUUGAGCUCGCUGCACAACACGGUGAACAGUCUCGGGCAUCCGAAUCAGCACGAGAACAGAUCUGGCGUUUAGAACAAGGAAAGACUCGCAGCUUUUCCUAAAUACGCUUCCCUGACAAAAAAUGGAGUUCCUACACAUACUUUAAAAUGUCUAAUCAAGUCUGAAAAGACUCGUUACUCGCAAGUCAUCUUAUGUGAGCCUAUAAGAGAGAUGACUAAGCAGAUUUUCUUUGUUACCGAAGAUAGACUAAAAGUGACGAAUGCCACUCCUUCCUCUAUUAACUUAUUAUGACGAUAUUAACUUAAUGUACCACGUGGUAUGACUUUCUAUUGUAAGUCAUUUUAUUUUUAAUAAAGAAUAGAACGUAG